AUGUUUCAGUUCAAAGAAGCAGUUGAAAUGGAUGAGAAUCGCAGUUCACCCGCAGUCAAAAGUGAACUUCUCACGGGAGAUGAUGCAACAAUCAACGCACAUCCACUUCUUAGUUUUGAUUACGAACGGGAGAUACAAAUUUUGGAACGAGACAUACGACAACAGAAAGAGUCAAGUGUAAAUGCUAAGACAGCGAUUACAUUCGAGCAACUGAGAAAAAUUCACAAUCUGGGAAAAUUGCUUGGACCACAAAAGGAGAUCUUCUUUGAUAGGAUAUGCAGAGCAGCAGAUAUUCAAAGAGCUUCACUGAAAAACAGGCUUAAACAAAACAAAGAGAAGUUCGAACCACCUACAUUGACCUCUUAUCGAACCUAUCAAGACUCCAAUACACCCACCGAAGGAACUCCAUGUUUGAUCACACCACAGUGGCAACAAUUCGCUCAGUUCAAUUGCAGCAGUGAAGAACUUGACAAAAAAUUUAAUUAUCUAUCAACCCCAACACUGCAGAGUUUAGUGCAAGUGACCACAACCGAGACUCCACGAACACCAUCAUCGUCUACAGCCGAGCUUGCUCCAGUACUUCGACCUAACAGCGUCUCCGAGGAAGAGCUGAAGCUUCCAGCUGAGAGAUCACUUGAUCUGAUGCAACUCGGAUUUUCAUUCGAAGAAGUCAAGCAGAUAGCUGAUCUCUUCGACCAAUACAAGGAAAUCAUAAGACCACACAAUCCUGGUCUCACACUUAACCAGGCUCUGACACAAUUUGCAAAUCUCAUUUCUUUGUCAGUUCCUGAGAACCUCAAAUUAAUUGCGCACACGUUUAAUUUGCUGGAAAUGGGAUACAGUCGACAAGAAGUGGCUCGCCUUCUAGCCAAAGAGCGAAGAAGGGCGACGAUGGUUGAGGCCACCGAAUUGGACAUGAAGCUGAAAAGGCCACGUACCGCCUCGCCUCUGGAAUCCAAUGGAGAAAAUCUUGUUGUUCAAGAAAGCAAUGGCAACCAGUCGGACGAUGAGGGGGCCUCUUCAUGAAACUGGUACAAUGGAAAACCCAAAAAUUACACAAAUGUAAUAUAUUAUUAAAUUUGAUUAUUAUUUCUGAAUGAAUUUUGA